UGCAUUUAUUAUUUGCUUUGUUACAGUGUAUUAUGUACGGUUGCAGCAGUCACCGCCCACCGGGCAGGUCACUGAGAUGGUAUUCGAGCGGACCCACGGCGGUGGAAGCUGCUAGUGCUGCUAGGGCUGGUCUUUUCCUCGACACUUCAGUUGACUAUGCUCGAAUUUACGGAGACCUCCCCAACAUACUAAAACGAGGUAUCAGAAAACAGACUCAGCAGUUACACUGACAUGGACAGCAACAGUUCUCACACACCCCGCCAAACUAACACAGGAGGCCUGCCUGACCUGCCCAGUAGACAAUGACUCAGGGAAAUGGAAUCAGUGGGACGACUGAUCCACUUCUGCAUUUGGAGUCUAGCAGCAAAUGUGAGCAGGCCAACAAUGCAAUGGAUCAUGAGAAAAUCUACAAGGCCAACAACUGUGAAUCCAGCAAGGAGGGGAGGGGGACAGAAAAGGACAGAGACUCCAUGGCUGACGGAGGGUCAGUCACUGCUCCAGAUGGUGGCUGGGGCUGGGUGGUGCUGGUCGCCACCACACUAGUCCUGGCUUUGACCCUAGCCUUCCCAUCGUGUAUGGGGAUCUUUUACAACGACCUGCAGAAUGACUUUGAUGCGUCCAACAGUGCUACCUCCUGGGUGCCCUCCAUCAUGACAUCAGUGCUUCAUGCAGGAGGUCCCCUCUGCAGUUUGUUGGUGGAGAGAUUUGGCUGCAGAGCUACAGUCAUGUUGGGGGGAGUCCUGAGUGGCCUUGGAAUGGCUGCCAGCUCGUUUUCCCGCUCCAUCGCCCAGGUUUAUGUCACAGCUGGGGUUAUUACAGGUCUUGGGUUCUGCUUCAGCUUCCAACCAGCUGUGACAAUCCUUGGACAUUACUUUGUGCGCCGCCGUGCGUUUGCUAAUGCCAUGUCCUCCACGGGCACGGCUCUGGGACUGUGUACUCUGCCUUUCCUGGGUAACUACCUCCAUAGUGAAUUAGGCUGGAGAGGAAGCUUCCUCGUUCUGGGUGCCGUUCUUCUUAACUGCUGUGUGUGCGGCGCAGUGAUGAGACCGCUCCAGCCUCCUGUGCCUCGAGGGCAGCCGCUCAUGAACCUUGGGCCUCCUGCACCAAAGGAGGACAAAGUGAGAAAGGAUGAAGGCUGGGUGAGGACAACGUGGCGCUGGCUGGUGGCUUCCCUGAGCAAACACAUGGCCUUUGAUCAGUUCUGCAACAACCGCCGUUACUGUUUGUACUCCAUAGCCAUCACCUGGAUGAUGCUUGGCUUUGUAGUGCCCUUAGUGUAUCUGGUCCCCUACGCCACCGCUAACAACAUGGACCAGGACCGGGCAGCUCUGCUGCUUUCCAUACUCGGAAUCGUGAACAUAGUGGUGCGGCCUCCUAUAGGUAUAGUUUUCAGCAUGCCCUGGUUUAAGGGCCGACAUGUGUAUGUAUUUGCCGCAGCUUUGCUGGUCAACGGACUCAGUAACAGUAUCUGCUGCAUCGGAGCCAGCUUCCCUGUGCUGCUGGCUUAUGUGCUGACCUAUGGGCUCUCCAUGAGUUUGGUGGGCUCCCUGAUGUAUACCGUCCUCAUGGAUAUUGUGGAGAUGAGUCGCUUUCCCUCUGCCCUUGGUCUUCUCGCUGUCAUGGAGAGCAUCACUCUGCUCAUUGGUCCUCCUCUGGCAGGAGUCCUCAUUGACAGAACAAGCCAGUACUUCCACGUCUUCUUUGCCUGCAGUGCCGUUGUUGCCUCGGCUGCCGUGUUUCUCAUGGUGUCAUUUUGCUGGCUGGAGAAGAAGGAGAAGAAACUUUUAAAGUUUCAAAGUCAGUCCACCCCGCUGCCAGACCGUGAAAGAGCUGCUUCUGAUGGAGCCCCUGGCUGUCAUUACAGCAGUGUGCCCACAGAGGGAGACAAAGAUAAGGAGUCGAUUGCUGGGUCAGAAGACGCCACAAGUGUCUGAAAUCUGCUGGCUCUGGACCUAUAUUCAACUUCCACCGUCUUUAUGUGGCAGAUUUGCAACAAAGUCACAAUUUGCCCUAAAGUGUCUAGUACUUGUCUUAGUAGACAAACUGAGACAGAGAUUUUGAUGUGGCUGCAGGCCGUUCAUUUUGACAAAGCCCUUGUCAGCAUUGACACAGAAAGAUCCUGAGGUCACACAGGUUUGCAAACAUCUCCUACUGUUUGCAGCAGCUUUCCGGGCGCACCAGAUGUUGCAGGGUUUACUUUUCAAUGGUGGAAAGGCUAGACACCUCACACACUCUGGGGUUUACACAGUUGGAUAAGCUGCAGCCAUCUGAUAUGCCAUAAAAGCUGGGGGGGGGGGGGGGAUAAUAAUUUGUACAGUGACACUUAAACCUACAAACCAAAACAGACACAUAUGCACUUAAAAAGCCAAACUGACUGUACUGUUGAUUUUCAAUGAGACUGCAGAUUGUUGCUACAUAAUCACACAGUUAUUCUAUCAAGCCACAAAACACUCAUUAACCUGUAGGAACUAAAUAUUUUAUGUGCUUCUAAUCAGUAUUUAGUUUUUCUUUUAAAGCUAUUGUUAAAAACUGAUACUUAAGGCCAAACUAUAUAGUUAACAAAUUUCAAGACAAAUUGAAAAAAUUGACAUUUUUCCAAUGAGAAAAGUACUUCUCUGUAGAAUUCAGGAGUACAUUGUUCCCAUAUAUAUAUAUAUAAAUAUAUAUAUAUACACAUAUAAUGAUACAUUUAUAUAUGAAAGCUAUACUUUAGAAGAGAGUUCUCGUGUUGUAGUUAUUUUAGUUAGACAUCAUUUCAAAUUUAAUCAACUGUCUUUAAAUAUUUUGACUUAUGAAUGAAAUAGUUGAACCUAUAGUACAGGUUUAAAAAAUGCCAAAACGUUUGCUUGAUCUUUGACUUACUGUAAAGCAGGUAUUUUUGGUUUACAAAAUAGGUAUGAUUAUGGGAUGUUGAAAUCAGUUUUCUUUGAUGGUUAAUUAUCUGGUGCAGUACAGGGCUAGACUUUUUAUGUUUGGGGUUUUAAAAAAACACAAACAUAGGAAUGCUCUGUUAAACUUCCUGACCAUGAUGAGUGCUGGUGGCUGUAACGCCAAAAUACAGAAUGCAUUGUUAAUUACUGAAUACAUUAAUACAUAGACACACACUGUUGCUAAUGGAAUGAUUAACCAGAAAUCAGAUACUGUUUACAGAUUUUCACCAGUAUUCUGUCUCUGCUUCUCCCUCCAGAUGCACAGCCCCUGCCACCUCUAUGUCAACCAGCAGCACAACACAUUACAUUACUUCAUAUCUACUGCAUGUCCAGCACCAAAUAUUGCUAAAAUGUUCUGGUGACUUAGACAAGUAGCACAACAACAGUCUCGAUGGACAGAGCGAUGAAUGUUUUUAUUUCUCGCAACCUAACCUUGAAGUUUUCAUUUUCUCUUGUCUUUUGUCAGUUUCUGCUCUCUGCUACUGAAGUGGUUUGAAAAGGAGAAGUACAGUAUUCGGACAAACCACCCUUAUUUCCUCCAUAAAAUUCAUUAUAACACGUGCAAA